AUGUGCGAGGGGACGUAUAAAACAAUUCCACUAUUUGCUCCAGAUGAAGAUGAUAUAUUUAACAGCAGCAGUGGUGUAGCAAACAAAACCAAUGAUAAUAUAAAUGCUGAUAAUUUAUUUAUUCCAAAAAAUAUAUAUAGACAUGUAAAGGAAGAAAUUAGUCCAGGACCUAUAAAAACAAAAUAUAUAGAAAAAAUUACAAAAAUUCCAAGAGUAAUAUUUAAAGAAAGAAAAAAAGAUAUAAAUAAAAAAGAAAAAAAAGUAGUAACUAAAGAAAUAGAAAUUGAAGAAAUUGUUGAAGUGAUUGAAAAUAAAGAUGAAAUUGUAUAUAAUGAAGUAAAGGUACCUACAUAUAUUGAUAUUCCAAUUAUUCAACCAAGACAAGAAAUUUAUCAUCAACAAAUUACCAAAAAUAUUCCUAAAGGAGUUGAACUAACAGUUACACAAAAAUUAGUAGCUCCAAAAAUAAAACCUAAAUACGUAGAAGUACCUGUACCUAUAUAUGUACCAUGUUAUAUAGAAGUACCUAUACCUAUACAAUAUAUACCCAUACAUCAGAAUGAACAAAAACAGCAUUUCACUACUGGAGUUUCUAACAAUACAAACCUAACAAAGUACCCAACCGUCUGUAGUAACCCUUCCACGGCACAUAUGCAAGGCUUAAUGGGUUCAUCUACAGAGAAUAAAAAUGUAUAUGUAAGCGACGCACAGGAUGAUAAUAAGAGCGACGAACAAGGUGAUAAUAUAAGCGGCGAACAGACUACUAAUGUAAAUCUAACUGAUGAACAGUCUAUUAUUUUUAGCUCGAAAAGUUCAAUUCAAAAUAUUUCAAAUGACGAAAAAAAUAGGAAUAAUAUGAUUGCUGCAGCGAAUUUAUGA